AAACCCAAACUCCCGUCCCUGGGGUGAAGGGUUUGGGGUGACCCUUCACCAGCCCCCCCUCCCCGAGCCCCUGCAGCGCUGCCUGUCCCCGCCGCUGUCCCUGUGCCCCGUGGCACGGCCCUGGCGCUGCUGCAGAACCGGCCCCGCGGCACAGCCUGCCCUUCCCGCGGCGGUUCCCAGGGCUCAGAACCAUCGGGAAAUCCCUCUGGAGGCUGAGAGGAAAUCCCUCCUUACCUGCCCGGCAGCGGGGAUUCACCUGCCCCGGGCAGCUCGGCCACAGCCCCCGAGCGUGCACAGACUCGGGUGGGAGUUGGGAGCCGGCAGCCGCGAUGCCCAACUUCUCCGGGAACUGGAAGAUGAAGAGCUCGGAGAAUUUCGAGGAGCUGCUGAAGGCGCUGGGAGUGAACGUGAUGCUGAGGAAGAUCGCGGUGGCGGCGGCGGCCAAGCCGGCCGUGGAGAUCCGGCAGGACGGGGAGAGCUUCUACAUCCGCACCUCGACCCCCGUGCGCACCACCGAGAUCCGCUUCAGGGUGGGCGAGGAGUUCGAGGAGCAGACGGUGGACGGGCGGCCCUGCAAGAGCCUGGCCAGGUGGGAGAGCGAGAACAAGAUGGUCUGCGAGCAGCGGCUGCUCAAGGGCGACGGGCCCAGGACGGGCUGGUCCCGGGAGAUGAGCAACGACGGGGAGCUCAUCCUGACCAUGACGGCCGAUGACGUUGUCUGCACCAGGGUCUACAUUCGGGAGUGACCCCCCCGCUCACCGCCCCCCCCCCAAUACCCCCCCCCCCACCCCGUGUCCCCUCAGUCCCCUGCACUCGUCCCCCUGUCGCAGGGGGGGUGUCGCAUCCCCCCGCAGGGGUACAGCAGCGAACCCCCUUUUUUGGGGGGGCGCACACGCACGGAUUGCCCUCCCCGUGCAGGGCGGGGCUCUCCGGGGGCAGCGGAAUCUCCGGUCCCGUUCUGGCUCCGCCGCGCUCGGGGCCUGGCGCGAAGCCGGGCUGCGGCGGGGGGUAACGCGGCCCCUCCCUGCCUCUUGGGCUGCUUUGAGCUGGUUUGGGUUCGGGCUGCUGUUGGCUCCCGCAGCCCCCAGCCCUGCCCCGCGACCCCUCCCCAGUAUUUAUUUGUGAAUAUGGUACCAGAUGGGAACACCAAACCCCCCAGCCCGGGGCAGUGCCAGGUCCCAGCCCCGCCCCCCCCCAGGGCCCAACCUCCCUCUGUUGCCUCCCCCUUUUUCAAUAAAUGUCCUGUGACCCGCCCCGUGGUAUCCCUGUCUCUCCUGCUGGCCCCACUGGCACACAGAUCCCACACCCUGGGUCUCUGGAUCCCACAUCCCAGAUUCUGCACUCCAGAUCUGCACCCCGGAUCCCACACCCCGGAUUCUGCAUCCCAAGUCCCACAGCC